AUGGACGCAGAACCCAAUGUUACUACUCUUGUGACUGUUUUGUCUUCGUGUUCUAGUUUAAGAGCUUUCAAGUUAGGUAAAGCUGUUCAUGGCCAUUGUUUGAGGAACGUACACAAGUGUAAUAUGAUUUUGGACAAUGCAAUGUUGGAUUUCUAUCUGAGAUCUGGUUCUUUGGUGGCUGCAAGAUACUUGUUUGUCAUUAUGCCCAAGAGAGAUUUUGUUUCUUGGAGUAGCAUUGUGGGUGGUUAUGCACAUAGAGGUUUAUGUGAGGAGGCAAUGAGACUUUUCCAACAACUGGUGCUGGGCUGGGAAGUUGAGCUGAAUGAGGCUACCAUUGUCAAUGUAUUGUCAGCAUGUUCUUCUGUUUGUUCCUUGAGUUCAAGCCAGCAGGUGCAUUUCUAUAUCAGUACUCAGCCAGAUCUCAUGGUGAAUAGCAAUGUGGGAAAUGCCUUGAUCAACAUGUAUGUUAGGAGUGGACAUUUGGGUAUGGCUAUUUCGGUUUUUAAGGCCUUGGAGUGCAAAGAUAUCAUUUUAUGGAGUACCAUAAUAAGCAGUACGGCAUACAUGUGUUGCAGCUCUUUUCCUGAAUGCUAG